GCCGAAGAACAACGAUUGUCUCAAUUGAGACAUCUGUCCACACAUUACUCGCAACUCCAUGUGAUCGCAUCCAAAGACACGGCUUCCUAUUUGGCGAAUCCAAUCAAUGCAUAUCUUUUGGUCAAACGGUUGACCACUGAUUGGCGAGAAGUGGAAACUUUGGUCCAUUCGGACAAAAGAAAUAUAAUCGAUGUCUUACAGCAAAAUGAAACCUUUCCAUCGGCUGAAGACUUAUCAGGCGCGGCUGAAGCGUUGCUUCGACUUCAGGACACAUAUAAGUUGGACACGACUUCUUUAGCCAAUGGACUCAUUGAGGUUCGGGAUAUGCGAGGCGUGAAGAAGGGAGAGCUCGGCGUUCAACCGCCCGAAACACGUAUGGCGUUAACGGCCAACGACUGCUUCGAGUUGGGACGACAGGCGUAUGUGAAUCAAGACUAUUAUCACACCGUUCUCUGGAUGCAGGAGGCGUUGGAUCGCUUGGAAAGGGAGGACUCGAGCGCACACACCAGUAAAGUGACAAUUUUGGAGUACUUGGCGUUCUCCACAUACCAGAGGGGGAACGUUAGGCAAGCGCUCAAACUGACCCAUCAGUUGCUCGAGUUAUCGCCACAACACGAGCGCGCUUUCGGUAACGUUGAGUACUACCAGAAAGAGUUGACACAAGUCAAGGCCAGUAAGAAGAAGGGAGACGAAGGAGACGUACCGCUGGAUGAGGCGAUCGUCGAGUCUAAGUCGUGGUCUGUAGAGGAGACCGAAAGGGAGGCCUACGAGGCGUUAUGUCGGGGAGAGAAGCGUUUGAGUGCCCGAACUGAGUCACAAUUAGUUUGUUUCUAUCUGAACACAACUGGAAUCCCAUUCUUAAGACUAACGCACAUCAAAGUGGAGGAGAGCUUUAAAAAGCCGCAAAUUGUUGUUUUCCACGACUUUCUAUCGGAUUCUGAGAUAGAAGUGGUGAAGACAUUAGCGGAACCUAAACUAAAACGAGCGACGGUUCAGAACUCGAUGACCGGUAAUCUGGAAACUGCCAAAUAUAGGAUCUCAAAGAGCGCUUGGCUUACAAACAGAGAGCAUGAGGUCGUCCAUAGAAUCUCACGACGAGUCAGUGCUGUGACGGGUCUCGACAUCACGACCGCCGAAGAGUUACAGGUUGUUAACUAU